CUAUGUAAAUAUGUAAAUUUACAUUAAAAUUAACUAAAGCGAAAUGAAUUUUACGUAUAUCUCGUUUCUAGUCGUUUUUGUGACCACUUUCAGCCAAUGUCAAUGUAAAAGCUAUAAUAAUUUUAACCUUUACGCAAUUACACCAAAAACUAUGAAACAGUUGCAGUUUCUACAACAUCUCAAUAACCAAUACGAUAAGUAUCGCAGUAAACUGUGGAGGACUCCGAAUCUCCUAAACGAUCCAGUAGAGAUACUAAUUGAUCUUCCAGAAAAUAAGCAAAUAUGGGAGAAAUUGGAGGCUUUAAAUUUAGACGCUAAAUUGUUAAUACCAAAUGUGGAAUCGGCUUUCAAAAAGCAGACUCUAAACAAUUAUACACGCAUGCGUUUAGAUACCUACACUUGGGAUGCUUAUUACAGUCCUGAGGACUUAAACCAGUGGCUUCAUGAUAUUGCGGUUACGUAUGAAAAAGAAGAUGUCUCUAUCGGCACCAUAGGAAAAUCAAGUGAAGGCCGUGACAUAAAAGUUAUUGAAAUUAACAAAAAAGCUUCGCCAACGGUAAUCGUCGAAAGUGGCAUUCAUGGAAAUGAAUGGAUAGCCAUUGCAUUUGUGACGUAUUUGAUAAAAGUUUUGGCAGCAUCUGAAAAGGGCGGGCCAGCUAUCAGAGCUAUAUCUAAGAAAUACCAUUGGAUAAUUUUACCCGUGGUUAAUCCUGAUGGAUUUGCGUAUACGCAUUCGGAGGAUCGUCUUUGGAGGAAAAAUAGGCGUUUAACAUAUCCAAACACUUUUGGAGUCGACCUCGACAGAAACUUUAACUACAGUUUUGGGAAGUUUGGAACCAGCUUUGAUCCACAAGAUGAUAAUUACUGUGGCACGACACCCUUUUCCGAACCUGAAUCAAAAGCUCUUGCCAACUUCAUCAAGAGACACGCAGAAGAUUUAAAAUAUUUCUUUUCAUUCCAUUCCUAUGGACAGAAGAUUGUUAUACCAUUCUCAGAUACUGUAAAGCAUUUAAUGAAUUAUGGUGCCAUGGCAAAUUAUGGGAAACAGGCGGCGGCGAGAAUUUACUCUAUCUACAAGACACUGUAUGAUGUAGGAACAUACUAUGAUGUUUACGGUGGCAAACAAUCAGGCAAUGUUGCAAGCUGGAUCAAAAAAGAAUUUUAUGCCGAGUAUGUGCUAACAUUUUACCUACGGGAUAACGGGACAUACGGAUAUGCUCUGCCCAAUGACCAAAUUCUACCAACUUGUGUGGAAACCCUGCAAGGGCUACUGCAGAUCUUGAGGGCUAGACUAAGAAAGGUCGUCAAGGUACAAUCGAAACAUUACACUGUCUACACGGACUGGGCCGGCCGAUUUGAGAUUAAUCAAACAGUUUUGAUCAUAUGUUUACUUUUGUUUGUUUUAUAAUUUGUUGAAUUGUGGUUUUUGUUAUUUUUUUUUUGCAGUAAAAACUAAUUUUAUUAGUA